AUGGGAGGGCGCGGGCGCGCGCGCCGGGAAAAUGGGGCCAUCUCGGGUGGUCGAGCGAGGGACAAAGGCCCACGGCUCCGACGUGGCUAUCGCGGAUUCUGUCCUUUGGACUACCAGCAAGGCGAGUUGGUUGGGGGUGGGGGGUUCGUGGAGCGCAGGCCAUGGGAUUCGAUGGAGCCCUCUUUCUUCUACGAGGAGUUUGUGAAGCAAAGAAGGCCCGUUGUUAUCAGUACCGGCCGGACAGCACCUGGAGCACUGGAGGCCCUCUUUGGACUUCGGAGUGAAGCAGCGAAGUGGGCGUCCCCUGGCAGCGAGGGCACAGCAGCGAUGCGUUCGGGCCCUGCUGGUCAGUGCCAGGUGGAGGUCGAACGUCGGGCCAGGAAGACUCAGUUUUUUGGCCAACAGGAUGCUGGAGCCCGGGAAGUUACCACUCUUUCGCAGUUCUGCGAUGAGAUCGACGAAGGAAACGAGCUGGCAUACUUGACAACACAAGCCCUCCCAGAAGAUGCAAGGGGCUGUCCCAAAGCAUUGGCGCCGCCGCACGUCCUGAACUUACUGCAGGAGGCAGAGAAUCUUCGACCAAAGCUUGUGAGCCGGCUGGUUCCAGUCCAAUACAACCUGUGGUUCGGACGGUCGCGGGAGGGCUCGUCGUCUGGCCUGCACCACGACUUCCACGACAACAUCUAUGUGCUGCUGAGAGGUUGCAAGGAGUUUCGACUGUUCAGCCCACGCUGCUUAGAUAUUCUGAGCCCAGUUGGAGUGGUGCAGGGAGACGCCAAGCUGCACCCGAAUGGCCUCAUAAGUUACGUAUCAGGUAUUCGGUCGGACGGUGCGCCAGUGUCCGUUGCCCGGGCUUGGGGUGCUGGGGGGAGUGAGAGGAAUGGAGUCCCGAAUAGUGAUGACGAAGAGGCAGAGCUAGAUCAACUGCUGACAGAGGCGAUGGAAACGGAUGUCGAUGGCAAAGGUCGCGAAACCGACAAGAGUCCGUUGCCCGACAGCUUCUGCCAGGUGAGCACUUGCGAAGGCGCCCGGAUGCCUGUUCCAACCAGCCUCCAGGGUCGCCACAUAACCGCCACACUGAAAGUGGGUGACUUGCUUUACCUGCCUGCCAGUUGGUUUCAUGAAGUCAUCUCUUACGGUGGCGAUGCUGGGGGCCAUUUGGCACUGAACCUUUGGAUGGCCCCACCCAGGGUGAAUGACUACAAAAGAAGCUUGCAGGAGGCUCGCGACAAAGACACAGAAGGUGUUCGGAAGAUGGUGCGGGACGCCAAGCAGGAGGCGGCGAAGUUGCGGAACAGCUUCGCCGCAGACAGGCCCUUGUACGCAGAGAUGAUGUGGACUGUAGCCAUGGGUCAAGCUACAUCGUCAGCGGUCAUGCAGGCCGUCUCGGCCGUUACCGGCACGCCAGUUGGAACAGAUCCGCUGGCGACGAUGGGAAAGAACAUGUUUGACGACAAGGUGAUGGCCGAGAAGCUUCCGGCUGCAGUCAUCAAGCGAUUUCAGGAGUGCCUCAUCAGUGGUGCGCCGACGACAGAAGAGGAUCAGAAGAUCAUUGCGGACACAAUGUUCGAAUGGGCACGAGAACGUGGUGCGGUGGAUUUUGCCCACUGGUUCUUCCCUUUGCGCGGACAGGGAGGAGCAGUGGGCGGCAUGCUCGGCGCGUACAAGCAGGACACUCUCCUGGACCUCGAGUUCUCUUCCAAGUUUGUCACGAAGCCCAUGAAGGCCUGUUUGCCAGCGGAGCGACUUUUCCAAGGAGAAACUGACGGCUCUUCAUUCCCCAAUGGGGGUCUUCGUGUGACACAUUCCGCUGCGGCGUUCACCACCUGGGACAGGUCCUCUCUGCCGUUUGUUCUCAACAAGACGCUGUACAUCCCCUGUGCUUUCAUCACGCAUUUCGGGAAGUGCAUCGACGAGAAGACCCCUCUCUUGCGGUCCAUGGACGCUGUGAAGGCUCAAGGUCUUCGGAUGCUGAAAGCCGUUGGACUCGGCAAGGAUGCUCAGACGAUGCAUAGCUACCUGGGUUGGGAGCAGGAGUUCUUCGUUCUAGAUGCAGCACUUUACAAGGCCCGCCCUGAUCUGGUGAAUACCGGCCGGACCUUGUUCGGCAAGUUGCCCACGCGCCACCAACAGGGCGACCUGAAUUAUUUCCAAGCCAUUCCCACGAGCGUACAGACCUUGCUGGACAACGUGCAGGCAGCAAUGUUGGAGAUCGGAUGUCCCAUGGCCGUAAAGCACAACGAAGUCGCGCCGGGUCAGCACGAAAUGUCUCCGGUUUUCCGGGUGGCUAACGUGUCCUGCGACAGCAAUGUAUUUUUCAUGGAGACCAUGAACCGAGAGGCAGCCAAACUUGGCUUGCAGGUGUUAUUCCAUGAGAAGCCAUUUGCGGGUAUCAAUGGCAGUGGCAAGCAUGCCAACUGGUCAGUGGGAACUGAUACUGGCCUUAACUUUUUCUAUCCUGGAAAGACGGAGGAAGGCAAGAAGCUUUAUGUUUCUGGCAUUGCCUGCUUGGCAUAUGGCCUGUCGCAGUACAAUGAGCUUGUGCGCUGCAGCGUAGCAACUGCAGGCAACGACCACCGGCUCGGAGCCCAGGAAGCGCCUCCGGCAAUUAUCUCGCUCUAUCCAGGCCAGGGCUUCGAACAGUUUGUCGAUGCCAUCAUCGGUGGUGCAGACUUGCUGGGCUACAAAGCUGAGAAGAAGCACCAGCAGACAGGAUGCUCGCAAGCAAUGCACAUCGAGGCCAAUGUGGAGGACAGGAAUCGAACAGCACCUUUCCCAUUCUGCGGCAACCGCUUCGAGUUUAGGGCAGUUGGCUCCUCGCAGAACUGCUGUUUGCCUGUCAUGGUUUGUAACGCCAUCAUGGCGGCCGGCAUGGCCAGCCUGGCCGGUCUCAUCGAAGGCGGCAUGAGCCACAGGGAUGCGGUGGCAAAGAUGUUCAAGGAGAACAAGCACGUGAUCUUCACGGGCAACGGCUACUCGGCGGAGUGGAGGGAGGAAGCUGCCAAGCGAGGCCUGCCGAAUCUGAACACCACGCCGAAGGCCGUCGUGACAUGGAGCUCCGCGAAGAACAAGAAGUUGUUCGAGGACUUGAAAAUCUACACCAAGGAAGAGACCGAGGCUAGACAAGAGGUCAUGCUGGAGAACUACAUCACCUGUCUCACGAUCGAGGCACAGACCAUGAUCAACAUGGUGGAGACCGGCUUCAUACCUGCAUGCGCCAAAGACCUGAAGAAGUGCGACAACAUGAGCAGCAAAAUCGCUCAGCCAAGAAAGGUUGCUUAUGAAGCAAUUGUGGAUGAGCUGGAAAAGCUUAAGGCUUCCCUGGACGCCAUGCCCCACGGAGACCUCGAGAAGGAAGCAACCUACCUUUGCGACAGCGUGAAGGUUAAGAUGGCUGCACUCCGAGAGGCCGUCGACAAGGCGGAAACCAUGAUGGAGAGCAGUCUGUAUCCGUACCCGACGCGACAGGAGCUGGCCGCGGAACAAAGCAGGUUGGAGGCGGUUCAGCGCAUUCAGUGCCAAGUUCGUGGAUGGCAGGGACGAAAGACCGCAAAGGCAAAGCGGAGUCGUGACAAGCAAAAGGCCAGCCUGGCCACCGAACGCCGCGAGAAGCUGCUGCAACCUCCGCCUCUCGGUGUCAGACGGACGUAUCGCGCGCCGAAUAUCGGCGCCGCUGCUUAG